UGCCUCACUCCAAGAGUUCUCCGUCAUUCCAGCUUCAAGUCGGCUUGCACAAGUCGUCUUUCCAGCUCGCUUCAGCCUCGCUUGGAAGCCAUGACUGCCAUACUGCAACACAGCAAGCAACACUGCCGAUAGUAAACCUUUGUUUCGUCGUCGCUUCACGCUAUGGUGGAGCUGUUCUUGUCUCAAAGUGGUAAUAGCUAGCUAGUAAUAGCUUUGAGGACAAGAGAUAAUUGCGCCAAUGAACGAUAGCAGAAAGACCAAAAAUGGAUCCAAGGCAUCGGAUCGAGAACGAGAAGAAUGGUACUCAUUGGCUCAUUGGACGGUAGCAAUUCCGCCUGCCACUCAGGGGACGAAGGGCAGUAUGUGGCAUCCGCAGACUCACAAGCAGGGGCAGUGGCAAGAAUCCCCAACAACAUCCUAGAGGCCGAGGACUUGAUACGGCUCAAGAUGUCUUCGGCGGCGGAUUCAACUCAACUAGUAGGCGCUGCCUGUGCUCUCAACGAGCAUGGUGUUGGGGCGGCCGGAAUCCCCAAAAGUGGCACGGAUUCGGAGGCGAAACUGAUGGACCACCAAAAUCGUGCAGCCACGCGGCAAACAACAACUGGCAGUUCCAAUACCACGGACAACCAGGAUGGCGGUAGCCUACAGCAGGCUCCUCUACCCAGUGCUAUUCGCAGAUUUGAAGAACAGCUUCAGAACAAAAUACUCGUUGUUGAUAAUGAAGAGACACCACCGUUCCCAAGCCACAAUGAAGUUUUGGGUAGCGUCAGUGGGGCACAAGAGGAAGCGGAAGAUUGCACUGUCAUUUGGGGGCAACCGUCCAGCACAAUGCCCAGUGGUGGUGUCCAAGAAUCCGAGGCUUUAAUGAGUCUCAAGAUUGGUAUGGCAACUCUGGAACCAAUCAAUCAUACCAGGGCGGCUAGAUCUACCAUGAGUGACACUGGCGAGCGGGGUUCAGUCCCCAGUGCCGUGCAGACAUUUGAAGAUCAGAUUCAGGACAAGAUUCUAGUUGCUGCUGGGCUACCGAUCCAAGAACUACUCCAGAGCGUUGUUGACUCUUCGGCUGGUAACAGUGCUGCAGAUUCGACGGUGGAUUCCAACCAGUCGCGACCAACUGACGAGUCCAACAGGAGAAUGACAGAUGAUGAGGCAGCUGCUGUAGAGACGAACGCAAGCGUGGCAGCCGCGGGUGGACAGGCUCCAAGACGCGAAUCCUUGCCUGGUGCAUAUCCCAUUGAAGGAAUUUCCAUGUCGAACCGGAAUUUCGUUGCUGGAGAGGAAGAGGAGGAGGGCACAGUCAUGUGGGGUCAGCCAUCCGGUACAAUGAGCUUGGGUACUGCCAUGAGCAUGGGCACAGCAGGUUUUGUUUCGUCAGCAUUUCUGGUGGAAGAGAGCAACCAAUUCAAUGAAGAGACAACAUCUCCAUUCUCAGAUGAUCCAUCUGGCAUCAGCAAUAGCAGCCAAAAUAACGACGGAAAUGAAAGGACUACACCAAAAAGAAGAAGAUCAAGUCAUUAUCGCAUGGAGGAUCUGGAAGCUGCAUUGGAUGUCAGACGAAUUAUGAAUCAAGGAGAGGGCGACAACAACCGGCAAAGGCGUUGGGUACUUCAUGGUAUUCUUGCCUUGUUCCUUUGCAUCAUUAUUGCAACAGGGCUUGCGCUAGGUCUCCGGCAGUGGCCAGAAGAAAACCAGAGUUUUGCAUCCUCCAUUGAUGGCAAUUUGUCUGCCCAAGCACAUGAUGAAGUUGAUUACAUUCUACAAUUUUAUGCUCCUUUUGAUAAUGGUUUGCUGGGACCUAUCAUCAAUGCCAUUGAAAACGACAUGGCAAGCCCCCAUUACAAGGCCAAUGCUUGGCUCUUGAAUGACCCCAACUUUGAUCAAUAUCCAGAUUGGCAAAAGCACCAAAGAUUUUCACAGGCAUUGGUUUACUUUGCCACAAAUGGGGAACACUGGUUCCGAAAUGAUCACUGGCUUAGCUAUGAGAUUGAUGUCUGUGACUGGUUCUCAAAACACCCUCCUGGUGAAGCUGUUUGUGACGAUGAAGGCCAUUACCGUAUUCGGAACUUGACCAACAACAAUCUUCAUGGAGAGUUGCCUUUGGGUUUGUACAUUCGGACAGUUCGCGUUCACGAUUUCUCACAUAACAAACUGCAUGGGCAACAUCCACCUGCACCUCAAGGGUCACUGGAAGUAACAGUGCUAUCCAACAAUAGCUUCUCCGGUAUGCUCACUGGUACUGCUGGGUUGUUCAACACCUCACUUCGUGUCAUCAAGUUUGACAACAAUAUGUUUGAGGGAGAUUUGAGAGCAUCGGUGAGAGUAACUCCUUACCUGGAAUUUUUCAACGCAACAGGGAACAGGUUCUCGGGUACCAUCUCAGAGAAAUUCGGUGAACUUGCCCGUUUGACAUAUUUGGGUUUAGGGCACAACAAUUUAAGAGGCCCUCUGCCUUCCGAACUGGGACUUCUCACAUUCUUGUCUGGGCUUGAUGUAUCAGGCAAUGCUGGGGUUGUUGGAUCCAUCCCAGAAAGUCUAGAAGAAUGCACCAGCUUGGAUUUACUGGAUGUCUCUAGCACAUCUAUCUCAGGGGUGAUUCCUCAGGAAUUCUGUGAGGCUGAACUGGAAGUUGUGGCCAAUUGCAGUAGAAUUCAAUGCUGCUCGCUAGCUCAGUAG